AGGAAACAAAAAUACACAGGAGCAAAAAAGAAAAUUGUGAAUCAACAUUAAUUCGUAUUGCCUUUAAUAAACAAAAACGGCCGGAACAACGGGAAUAAUGGCUAUCAUACGGGCGCUGGCUGUCAUCGGCAUUUGCCUUGUGGCGGUCAGCGGCGGGGUGGAGAUCGAGACUCUGGCGCCCAAGGCCGCGGACAAGGUGGAGGAGGCAGUCACCACCAAACUGACGCCCAGCAUCACCGAGGAUGCCAAAAGUAAAACAGAGAAGCGCGACUCAUCGGAUCAGACAGGUGCCAUCUACCCGGGCAGGCCCACAAAGGAUACACCGUUCCGACCCAUCUACCCAUCGGCCAACUACUAUGAGGCGCCAAUGCAAAUCUUUGGACCGACCACCGUACGCUACACGGCAGCGGAGGCGGCACCGCAAACGUACUACGAUAAGCCGGAGAGUGGUCCGGGAAUUCGAUAUGGCCCACCGCCAUCAGGCCCGUCAGGUGCUGCUGCUGGAGCUGGAGCGCAUAAGCCUGCGUUGCAGUACGCCCAACAGGGGCCGACCACGGCGCAUCGCUUCAGCUUUGCAGCGCCACCGCAAGUGGAGCUCUAUCAGCGGCCAGCCGCCACUAAGUCGCAACAGCAACAACAGCAACAGAUUUUCAAUUACGGCGAAGUGGAAUCCGAGGGAGGACCCAUUUAUGAGCGGGCGGGACCGCAGCAAUAUCAAUUAACUCUGCCCCAGCAUCCCCACGGCCACCGCAAGUUUCAGCAGCUAAGUGCACCGCGGCAGCAGCGCAUUCAGUACAUCAUUGCCAUACCACUGUCCUACAUGCGUCAGCUGCAGCAGCAACAGCAGCAACAGCAGCAGCAACAUCAGCUAUUGGUGGCUCCACCAACACCAUCCGCCAGCCCCAGCAGCAGCACCACCACCUCCAGCACAAGCAGCAGCGCUGCACCAACAGCAACGGCAGCGCCCGGACCUAGGCACCAUUCCAUUAUGCAGCUGCUGGGACCGCUGGCCCGCGACCAUCAGGGCUUGUAUAGACCCUACUAUCAGUCGGACGCAGCCAAUGCACCACUGACGGGCAUAGGCACCCCGGCUGGACCCAAUCCACCAAGCCACCAGCAGCAAUAUGUCCAGAUACCAGCCAGCCUGCUGCUUGCCGCCGCCCAGCAGCUGCAGCAACAGCAGCAGCAGCAGACCCAGCAGCAGGCGGUCUAUGCCAAGGCUGCAGCAGCACCACCCAGCUACCAGCAGCUCAUCUAUCAGCCACAGCCACAGGCAGCACAGCCACUGCAGCUGCAACUGCACCAGCUGCAGCACCAUCCACAGCUGCAGCUGCAGCGUAUCUUUCUGCAGCCACCGCAGGAUCAAACAUCAACUAUCUAUGGCGAACAGCCGGGCAGCAGUUUGUACGCAUAUCCGCUACAUCAACAGCAACGCCUGAAACAGCAGCAACAGCAACACAAAUACACACCAGCAUCGGAAUCCGUGGCAGCACCAACAGUGGCAGGGCCAACAGCAGCCGGAGAUGUGGCAACAACAGCCCCGGCAGCAACAGAAGCGGCAACAGCAACACGUCCAGUCGGCGGCCAACACUUACCCAUCGUGCACUACAAUCCAAUUUACGUGCAGGCACCCGCCGAACAGCAACACCAGCAGCAACAGCAGCAGCAACAGCAGCAGCAACAACAACAAUUUGCCAUAUUGCCACGUUUUAGCAAUAAUAACCCAAAGGCCGCUUACAAUCUGGGGCAUGAAUCAACGCCACCGAUUCAUGUUGUCAGAUUGUCGGCGGCUGGCGGUGCCCCCGGUCCGCCCAUCCACCAUUUCCAUCACUAUCAGCCGGGUACGGGUUCAGUGCCGGUGCUGCAGCAACUUUAUCAUGCCCCGCAGCAGCAGCAGCAGCAGCAACAGCAACAGCAGCAGCAAUACGUAUCGCAUCUGCCAUAUGCCCACCCAGAAGAAGUUCCACUUCCUGGACCCAUCUCACUGCCAACUCCAGUGCCUGGCAUGACCGGCGCCUCACCCGCCAUUAUACCAUACUUCAGCCAUCCGGGUGCCGUGCAUUAUGGCACGCAUUUGUAUCACCCGGCAGCGGCAGCCACUGUAACGGGCUCGACAGCAGCCACAGCAAUACCAAGAGGUGCAGGAGGAGUAGCUGGUGCACCAACAAGCCUCAAGCAGCAGUCAACGGUUGGUGCCGCCGCAACAAGUGCAGCAGGACACUCACCAGGUGGCGGCAACAAUAUUGUGAAAUAUCCCUAAAGCAUUCAA